AUGCCAGCGCCAAGGUUUGAAGCUCCUGAAGCAGGAGGAAAUCAGCAGGCCAAGAGCUACAGGACCUGGAACCCCCCCCUGCUCGGGAAUCUUCCAGAUGAUUUUCUGAGGAUCCUGCCACAGCAGUUGGACAGCAUCAAGAGCUUACAGAGCAGUCCGUCUCAGCCUUCAUCCUCCUCCUCUUCAAUGUCCUCCGUAAGCCAGCGGGCAUCUCACUCUGGGUCUGGAGCCACUGGAGGUCUCCCUGGAGCUGUGGGGCAAGACGAAAAACUGAAGCAGUAUCUGGAGGAUGAACGCAUCGCCAUGUUCCUACAGAACGAGGAGUUCAUGAGAGAGCUGCAAAGGAACCGGGACUUCCUCAUUGCUUUGGAGAGAGAUCGCUUGAAGUAUGAGUCAAAGAAAGCAAAGUCCCAUCACUCAUCUAGCAUGGAGGGUUUCCCAGGACACCAGUGCUCUGCAGCUUCAGUGGAGGCUGCGACAGAGGACGCCCUAUUCAGGGACAAGCUCAAACACAUGGGCAAAUCAACCAGGAAGAAACUCUUUGAAAUCGCCAGAACCUUUUCUGAGAGGGCAAAGAGGCGGCUGCUCCUGAAGCAUCAUUUAUUGGGAACCGCCAGCUCCACAGCCAACCUUCUGGAGGAAGUCGAGGUGAACCCUUCUGAGGACGACGGUCGGCCCAGAAGAACAAACCCUCAGGAGGAGGCCGAGCAUGUAUCAUGAUUCUCCCAUGUUUCUCCAUAUUGACGUUUCCACGGAGACGCUUGCAGCGUGAAGCAUGGAUGGUGCCUUUGCAGCUCUUCCUGUCCAGACUCUCACCCCACCCUCAUUCCAGCCUUACUGAACGUGAGGCUGUGAUUGAGAACCUGCCGCUUUCCUUCCUGGGGGGAGGAGGCUGACAUGGGCCGACUGACGGCAUCAUCUCUGUAUCAUAACCCACAGUUACUUUACGCCCCCCUCGUAUUAACGCUUUUCUAUAACACAGAGGGACUCUGGUGUUGCAAUGAUCAGACUUUUUCUUUUCCUGAACUUGCUUCCUCUAACCACUAUCCUCAACAUUAGACCAUGUCUACUUCCUCCAGCAGAUGGCAGUACGUCUUAGUGUAGCUGCACGUUGAUCAUCAGGGUUUAGUUGUGUGAUCCUGGGAUGAGGAUGUUCUUCUUCCAGAGUCAGUAUGCUAAAGCACAGUGAUGAAUGAGUAUUGCACUAAAGACAGUUUUUUCGGCACAAUACUGGAUAAACCAACUCCACAAUUUCUGCUGAGACCUGCAAGGACAGAAUGAAAUGAUUUUCAACCAGAAAAAAACAGCCUCAGAUUAAAGACAACAGAGGAAAUGUUACGCUAUUGAUCAGCGAUCCUUCAACUGCAAGUCUAAUUUUCAUGGAUAAUUUCAGCAUCUUCUUCUCAUCAGCUAACUGUGGAUCUGCUGCCACACAUUACCUUGUAAUGAUGCUUCUCUGUUACUGUUAGCUGUCCAGCUCCUGCAGACAAGCCCACAUCAUCAUCCCUCCACCAUUGUGCCUCUCAAUCAUUUGGUUGGACGUGUCUGUAGAAUGUCUUCCCACAAGUCUUGAGGUUUGUUCAGGUGCAAUUUGGAGAAGCUCAGUCAUUCUUUAGGAGGGAUUUGUUCUCAAACAUCUCUCCUUUGGUCACUUCCUAAUUGUGCUGUCAGAGUUAGCUCUUCUUCUCUCUGGGCUGCUGGCUCUGACAGGUGGAGGGUGGACCGUCUUCUUGUGAGCAGUUAUUCUCUCCACACACGGAAAGCUCAGACAGCUCUUCUUCAGCUGUCUGUUUCUAGGUAAAACCAUUUUUGCUCCUCUGAGGUUGGUUUUCUUCAUGACCAGACCUGGAAUCAUUGUCAAAAGCCUGGAUUCAGGGCACAAACACACCCGUGAAGAAAAGGGGGCGACAUCCUGGGAAGUGAUGACCCUUCAUGUGUGCUGUUGUUUUAGAGGGGAUGGUCUGUAGCUGGACGGUUAGACAGUUCUUCAAGCUCUGAAAGUCUGGUUUAAAGCAGCAAAAAUGUUCAGUCCACACCUGAGAAUCGUUUCCUCAGAGAUGAACACCCCUCAUCCAUGAUGUGCACGCUUGGCCAUCCUCCAUCCAUCCGUCUUCAGAAGCUGGUUGUGUUCUCUCAGGGAAACCCAGAGCCCUCAUUCAUCUGCUGUCCAUUCUCACUGCCGUCCUCAGCAGGAGUCUUCCAGGACUCGUCUCACCUUUAGCACAGCAGCUCACUGCCACACGGGUGAAAGUGCUCCAUCAGAGCCACACAGCAUCCAGCCGGAAAACACUUUCAUCCAAACUACAGGAAUGAAUGCAUGACAUGAAUUAGAAUCCUCGAACCUGGGGAAUAUUUGUUUAAUGUCGUCUCACAUCCAUCAGUUUUCAGACUCUGGAAGUUUUAAGGAAAAUCCAGAUGGAACUUCAGGGCUGAUUCUACAGGACACUGAUGGGGCGGAGUCAACAGGUUAAUGGUCACCUGUGUGGCCGAGGCUGUUGGUCUGUCAGAGCAGUGAUGCAGUCCGGGCUGGAACUCUGUCUCUGCUCUCAUCACUGUUUCCAACUAUUAAAACAUGCCUGUGUGUCUCAAAUGUUUGUAACUACAGUAAACCCAUCAUUAAAGCCUUUUUAUGAAACACC